AUGGCGGUUAGGGAGAGAAGCAUGGCGGUUAGGGAGAGAAGCAUGGCGGUUAGGGAGAGAAGCAUGGCGGUUAGGGAGAGAAGCAUGGCGGUUAGGGAGAGAAGCAUGGCGGUUAGGGAGAGAAGCAUGGCGGUUAGGGAGAGAAGCAUGGCGGUUAGGGAGAGAAGCAUGGCGGUUAGGGAGAGAAGCAUGGCGGUUAGGGAGAGAAGCAUGGCGGUUAGGGAGAGAAGCAUGGCGGUUAGGGAGAGAAGCAUGGCGGUUAGGGAGAGAAGCAUGGCGGUUAGGGAGAGAAGCAUGGCGGUUAGGGAGAGAAGCAUGGCGGUUAGGGAGAGAAGCAUGGCGGUUAGGGAGAGAAGCAUGGCGGUUAGGGAGAGAAGCAUGGCGGUUAGGGAGAGAAGCAUGGCGGUUAGGGAGAGAAGCAUGGCGGUUAGGGAGAGAAGCAUGGCGGUUAGGGAGAGAAGCAUGGCGGUUAGGGAGAGAAGCAUGGCGGUUAGGGAGAGAAGCAUGGCGGUUAGGGAGAGAAGCAUGGCGGUUAGGGAGAGAAGCAUGGCGGUUAGGGAGAGAAGCAUGGCGGUUAGGGAGAGAAGCAUGGCGGUUAGGGAGAGAAGCAUGGCGGUUAGGGAGAGAAGCAUGGCGGUUAGGGAGAGAAGCAUGGCGGUUAGGGGGAGAAGCAUGGCGGUUAGGGGGAGAAGCAUGGCGGUUAGGGGGAGAAGCAUGGCGGUUAGGGGGAGAAGCAUGGCGUUUAGGGGGAGAAGCAUGGCAGUUAGGGGAGAAGCAUGGCGGUUAGGGGGAGAAGCAUGGCGGUUAGGGGAGAAGCAUGGCGGUUAG